CCUCUCACAAAUCCACGCACACCACUCAGCUCAAGCAGUCAAGCUCAACGCAAGCAAGCAGAAGCAGUCACUCGACUCCCCAGACCAAGCUCAAGCAUCCACCUGAAGAAAACAGCAGCCGCAGCAGGAAGCAGCCAUGGACAUGGGCCGCCUCGAGCACUCGACCUCCUCCACCUCCUCCACCUCGGCGUCCUCGUCCUCGUCGGGCCAGAACAAGGCGUCGCCGUCGUCCUCGCCCUCCCUGCAGGCGCCCAAGAAGCGCCCCGCGGGGCGCACCAAGUUCCGCGAGACGCGGCACCCGGUGUUCCGCGGCGUGCGCCGCCGGGGCGCCGCGGGCCGGUGGGUGUGCGAGGUGCGCGUCCCGGGGAACCGCGGCGCGCGCCUGUGGCUCGGCACCUACGUCGCCGCCGAGGCCGCGGCGCGGGCGCACGACGCCGCGAUGCUCGCCCUGGGCCGCGGCCGCUCGGGGGCCGGCCUCAACUUCCCGGACUCCGCGUGGCGGCUCGCGCUGCCGCCGCCGUCCGCGCUCCCGAGCCUGGACGACGCCCGCCGCGCGGCACUCGAGGCCGUCGCGGACUUCCAGCGCCGCUCCGGUGCCGCCGGCAGCGCCGCCGCGGUCGACGAGGUGACGUCGCGCUCGGCGUCGGCUCCGCCGCCGUUGCAAGACAUUUCCGGCUCGCCGGCGACGUCGCUUGAGCACGUACCCGCGAAGGCUGAUGAGACGGCUGCGUUGGACGGCGGCGCGUUCGAGCCCGACUGGUUCGGCGGCAUGGACCUGGACACGUACUACGCCAGCCUCGCGGAGGGGCUGCUCAUGGAGCCGCCGCCGCCCCCGGCCGCCUGGGAACAUGGCGACUUCGGCGACGGCGGAGCGGACGUCGCGCUAUGGAGCUACUAGGGAGUUUACAAUAAAGCUUGACGAUCCCCCAACUCAUCGUACUGUACUUCUGUAACAAAAUUCAAAUUGAUUCCCGGCCAAUUAACUUCAACGGUUCACAGAAUUUUGUCUCAAA